AUGUAUAAUAUGAAAUCACACAUUUUUAUUUUAUUAUGGGCUAUAUUAUACAGUGACAGCAAAUAUUGGUACUCAGCAUCAGUUACAGAAAGAGAUGCAAGUUUCAAGACGUCACAUUACAACGAAAUCUAUCCGAAUUAUGUACAGAAUUAUACUCAGAAAUAUUUACCAGUACAUAUAAGAAAUAACACUAGCCUUUUAGAGGAAAAGGAAUGGAAUGGUCUUAGAAAGCCACUGCUUGCAGAAAAAUGGGAUUUAAAUCAGUACCUUCCAGCUAAAAAUCUUACACAACGACAGACACCUUUCGUAUAUUCGUCAAUGAAGCCGGAAACAAUAAGAUACAAUCACACUAUAAACGUUAUAAAUGUGAUCAGGAGAGGACCUAAUAGAAAAGUUAUUCGUAAAAAGUGUCCAACUGUAAAAUCGUAUAGAGAAGAUAAACGAAAAAUAUUUUCGAAUGUAACAGACAAACGAAGGUUUUUGGAAGUUUUUGAGGUAGUGCAAUUCGAGCACGUUUCUUGCAUAUCAAGCAGUGGACUAGAAGGAACUUGCUUGCACGAGUAUGAAUGCGAAACUACUGGAGGGACUGCCAUGGGUACCUGUGCUGACGGGUAUGGAAGUUGCUGCGUAAAUCAAUUCCAGUGCGACGAUCAUAUCAGUACCUUCGUAGGAUGGUUUACCAAUCCAGGUUUUCCUUCACCAAGUACGGAGAGACUGUCAUGUACAAUUACAUUAAAUAAAGCUUCUGAAGAUAUUAAACAGAUACGUUUAGAUUUUGUUAACUUUGAGCUACUACCACCAUACGCUGGAACUUGUGAAGAAGAUCAAUUUAUUGUCUCGGGACAAAAUAUUAAUAAUGUGAUACCUAUUUUAUGUGGUAUCAACACAGGCCAACAUGCGUAUAUAGAGGUCGGUGAUGCAGAUGGACCUUUAUAUUUAUCAGUUCAAACUGUAUCCUCAGAUAGUAGACUGUUUUCUAUAAAGAUCACACAGUUGACGUCGUUUGAUGAAAUGGCAGCACCAAAUGGAUGUUUACAAUUUUUUACCGAAUCUGACGGAUACGUGGAAUCCUUUAACUACCGUGACAAAUCAGACAUAGGAAUUGCAAGGUACCAAAGUUAUUUGAACAACAUGAAUUAUGCAAUGUGUAUAAAGCGCACACCGGGGACUUGCAGCAUAACGUACAGUAAAUCGGAUAGUAUGCAAAUAGUGAAUUACGAUGCAGAUGGCUUACCAAUUAUUCCACCUGGACAAGCGGGAGUGGAAAUAUUCAAUUGCCCUAGUGAUUGGUUACUCAUAGCAGCAACGAGGCUUUGUGGCGAUCGUCUUAAUGAUGGCUCGAUAUUACAGGACUUCUCUUUAGAUGCUGCAAUUACAGAUAACAACGCCGGUCCUAUUGUCGUGUGGUUUAGAUCAGAUGGUGGGUAUGUAGGUCGUGGUUUUAAACUUCAUUAUCAACAGAUUACUUGUAAUGAUCGUGCUAUUUAGUUUCAUAUGGUAUCAUAGUUGUUUUCUUUUUA